AUGGCCUAUGACAGGUAUGUGGCCAUCUGUCAUCCCCUCCACUAUACAACCAUCAUGAGUCAGAGCCUGUGUGUUUUGCUAGUAAUUGUGUCCUGGGUCCAAUCCUGUGCUAGUGCUCUUUUGCACACCCUCCUCCUGGCCCGUCUUUCUUUCUGUGGAGACAACACUCUCUCGCACUUCUUCUGUGACCUCUCCACCUUACUUAAGCUGUCCAGCUCAGAUACCACAGUCAAUGAGCUGCUUAUCCUCACCGUGGGAGUGGUGGUCAUUACUGUGCCACUCAUAUGCAUCCUGGUUUCUUAUGGCCGCAUUGGGGCCACCAUCCUGAAAGUCUCUUCCACCAAAGGCAUCUGCAAAGCCUUGUCCACAUGUGGCUCUCACCUCUCUGUGGUGUCUCUGUACUAUGGAGCAAUUAUUGGGCUGUACUUUUUUCCUUCAUCCAACAACUCUAGCAACAAGGAUGUCAUUGUGGCUGUAUUGUACACCCUGGUCACUCCCAUGCUAAAUCCCUUUAUCUACAGUCUGAGGAAUCGGGAUAUGAAAGGGGCUCUGGGAAGUAUACUCAAUAGAGGAACGUGUUCCCCACGAUAA